UAACAGAUGGUUGAUCCUACCUUAGCAGAAAUGGGAAAAAAUCUUAAUGAGGCCAUGAAGCUGCUUGAAGAUAAUCAAAGGAAAACAGAGGAAGAAAAUGAAAAGAACUACACAAGAAAGGAUAUUCCUGGGCCACUUCAAGGCAGUGGACAGGACAUGGUGAGCAUUCUCCAGUUAGUUCAGACUCUUAUGCACGGAGAUGAGGAAGAAGAAUCACCACAGUCUUACCGGCUUCAGAAUGUGGGGGAACAGGGUCACAUGGCUCUCUUAGGACACAGCUUGGCUGCUUAUAUUUCGGUACUGGACAGGGACAGACUGAGGAAACUUACCACCAAAAUCCUUUCUGAUACGACUCUGUGGCUUUGCAGACUCUUCAGAUUUGAAAAUGGGUCAGCAUAUUACCAUGAAGAUGAUCGCGAAGGGCUCUUAAAAGUCUGCAAGCUUGUGAUUCACUCCCGCUACGAAGAUUAUGCUACUGAAGGUUUUAAUGCAUUGUAUAACAAGCAGCCGGUGGUGUACUUCAGCGCUGCGGCAAGAUCUGGUUUGGGCCAAUUCCUUUGCAGUCAGCUCGGCUUACCUCUUUCCUGCAUGUGUCGGGUGCCGUGUAACACGAUGUUUGGCUCCCAGCAUCAAAUGGAUGUUGCUUUAUUGGACAGACUGAUCAAGGAGGACAUUGAAUCUGGAAAGCUGCCUAUAUUGCUAGUGGCCAAUGCUGGCACUCCAGGGGCAGGGCAUACAGACAAACUUGGACGACUGAGGGAACUCUGUGAGCAACACGGCCUGUGGCUCCACGUUGAAGGGGUGAAUCUAGCCACUCUGGCUUUGGGUUACGUCUCAUCUUCCAUACUGGCAGCAACAAAAUGUGACAGCAUGACACUGACCCUCGGACCCUGGUUGGGUCUUCCAGCAGUGCCUGCAGUGACUCUCUACAGACACGAGGAUCCUUCUUUGUCUUUAGCGGCAGGCCUGACCUCCAGUCAGGUAGUAGAGAAACUGCGUGCCCUGUCACUGUGGCUGUCCUUGCAGUACCUUGGCCAUGAUGGGAUUGUGGAAAGAAUUAAGCAUGCCUCCCAGCUGAGUCAACGGCUAUUGGAAAACUUGAAGAACCAAGAUUUUAUUAGGACCUCAGUCGAAGAUGAAUUUAGCUCUCCUGUGGUGGUGUUCAAGUUUUCCCCAGAAAUGUCGCAUAUAGAUCAUAUGUUACACGCCACACAAUCAUCUGCGGUCACCGGGAAUGAGAGAGACACGUGUGAUACUUUUAACCAGUGGCUUGGAGAGCAGUUGGCUCAGUUGGUUCCUGCCAGUGGGGUGGAUCUGGUGGAUCUGGAGGAUGAAGGCACUUGUGUGAGAUUCAGCCCCUUAAUGACUUCUGCAGUUUUAGGAACUGAAGUUCAAGAUGUGGACCAGUUGGUGGAUUGCUUAAAAAUGAAGGUCCCCGUUCUAAACUGCACUUUACAGCUGAGAGAGGAAUUUGAACAAGAAGUGAAAAGAACCGUCGGCUUGUCCUACGUGGAAGAUUUUAGCUGGCCUGGCCUUGGUGUGGUCAGGUAUAAGGGGCAGAAUGAAGACAAACAGGAGAAAGAGGUGGAGAAGAUAAACAGCGGCCUUCUGAAAAAGCUAAAUGAACUGGAAUCAGAUCUGCUAUUUUCCUCAGGGCCAGAAUUUGGAGCAGAGAAGAACUGCAUUUAUAUUGGAAUGGUCAUCGAGGAUCUAGACGUGUCUGAGCUGGUGGAGACCAUUGCCGCAGCAGGUCGCGAAAUUGAAGAAAAUUCACGGUUGCUGGAAAACAUGACUGAGGUGGUCCGAAAAGGCAUCCAGGAAGCCCAGGUUCAGCUCCAAAAAGCAAAUGAGGAACGGCUCCUGGAAGAGGGUUUACUUCGACAGAUUCCUGUGGUGGGCUCUGUCCUCAACUGGUUUUCUCCAUUUCAUGCCUCACCAAAGGGACAAACCUUUAACCUAACGGCAGGUUCUUUGGAAUCCACAGAGACAACAUACAUAUCCAAAGUACAGGGCACUGGGAUCACUCCACCUCCCACUCCCACAUCAGGCCGUGUUAAACAGAAGUUUCCUGGUCAAAAACUGUUUAAAAGGUCCGGGAGGAACUCGGAUGGGGUCAGCGAAACCAGCUCAGUGAGUCACGCUACUGACUUGGACAGAGGAGAACCCACUGCUUCUCCCCUCAAGCAGGAGAACGCCGAUCCAUUCAGCGAAAGCACGCCUCUCACCCAGGAAACCGUGGACGUUUCCCCGGGCACCAAGGCCCAGGCUUUGGGAAAUGACAGCACUCUAUCUGAGGAACAAGAGAGUCUUAGAUAAAAGCAAGGGUCUGUGCAUUAAGACUUUGUACAAAAAAAAAAAAGAAAAAAGAAAAGGGCACUUCCCUCCAGAGCAGGGAACUGAAUGAUGCAUUUAAAAUGUGAACCGUGCCAGAGGUAGUCAGUACAAAUUGCUAUUAAGGUGUGAUCGACUGGAGAUUUUGCACAAAGAUUAGUGGAAGGCUGUUCUCUCUACUUUCUUUUUACUUGUCUGCUUGGUUAUGAUUCCUCUUUUGUCCUGCACACCCGUUUACUGCCAAGGUUGGACUCCGAACGGCUUAAGAACAUUCCCCUCUUUACCAGGGAAUGUGCAAGAAUUAGAAGCCAACUCCAAAUGGAGUCCCAAGGAAUGCCUGGCUCUUUUUAAAAAAAAAAAAAAUUAAAAAGGUGCCUUGCACGGACAUUUCUUGGUUUUCUAAACUGAAUUGCACUUGGUGCUGGGAAUAAACAAAUCUAGUUUCUAUUUGCUAAGCCAACCAGCUGCUCGCUAUUUUUAUUUAAAAAGCGUUUAAAAUAUUUUUCAAGGUCUAGCUGCUUUUAUUGUUCAUAGGGCACUUCCUUUGGGGAUUAAGCUUGCUUUAAAAUUCCCUAAAUCUUUGCCUCAACAGAUAUCUGUCCAUUACUUUUCAGCACUAUUGGCAGACAAGAGAGGAAGAACAAGAUUUUGCCAUUUCACAGGGCCCUAAAAGAGUUGACUCAGCAUAGCUGUUACAGGUUCCUUGCCACGGCUAUGCUCACUGGCUGCUAAGAAGUAGGAGACGUCACACAGAACAAAACCCAGUUUGAAAGAUUUGCAUUGAAGGAAACAACCCCUUAUUGUCCUGUGCUGCAUUUUUGGGCAGACGAUGAUACAGUGACUGUAUGACUGGUGGCAUAUUGGUGUUUUUUUUCUCUUGCUAGAUUUUCUCAUCAGUUGGUUACAUUUGUUAAAUAUUGUAAAUAUUCAGAGAAAUUAGCUUAUUAUACAAUACUGCACUAUGGAAAAGAAAUAUACACACUGAGCUGACUUGGUUUUUAAAGUCAAGAGUAGAUAUUCAAGCAUUUAUUCCCCACCCAGCUGAUUAAUUAUGCCUUUGUUUUUGAGACAGAUUUAGCUCUUUCUCUGUUAAUCAGAGCAAAUUAUUCCCUGAGAGAAUUGGCUGCAAGUGACCCCUCCGAUGUUCUCCUGAUUUAAAAUAGGUGUUUCACAAAAAAGAGAUGAUUGAUUUUUUUUUUUUUAAUGAACAGCAUUUCUCUGUAUCGCAGUUUUCCCCAGUCUGCUGCUCUCUGGCUACGUUGGACCGGUUUCCAGCCAGAACCCAAGAAUUGUGGGAAAUGAAAUUCAACAUCCUGGAAGGGCAGCAGUUGGGGAACACUGUAGCAUCUAACAGAACUCCAUGUGGCUUGUGUAAGCUAAGAGACAGCCUUAUUCUCAGCAAUUGAAGAUGAUGAUCCCAUCCUAGCACUGAUAAUGAAUUAAGGAGUGGCUAUUCUCAGAAUCAUUUAUUUUGUGGUGGUGGUGGCAGUAGUCCAAUGUUGAGACUAUAAUGCAGCCUAGGCAGAGAAAAUGCCAUUCCCUUGACAAAAAGGAAAUUCCCAAAUUGAUCCACGUGGUUGUAGCUGUAGAAGUUGCUUAUUUGGAAAUAGAAAUUUUUCUGCUUUAAAACCCAAGGAUCCAAACAUGACUAACAUAAGUUAUGGGGGCCUCAUCAAACUAGAUCUUAUAGCAAAUGCUAGAGUUCUGUCCUAAUAACUUACUUGAGGAUCUAUUAACUUCUAUCAUUUACACUCAAGUGGGCGUAAAGAGUUCAAGUUCUGCUUAAUAUUAUUUAUGGAGGUUGAGAGACCAUCUAAGAGGUAAUGAUCAUCAUAUCUAGUUUACUCUUCCCCAUAGUAAGUGUUGCUUGGAGCUCAGCUAGAGUUGACUCAAGAUCUUCCAUGGGUACUGCAGCAACAGGCUUUAAUGACCAAAAUGUUUGUUAAGGGUUAAACAUUGCCUUGCUCUGUCUUGAUGGAGGGUGGUUAAGUGUACAAUUAACUCCAACUAUUAAGGGUUGAUUUUUCUAAAGUGCAAAUUUAAUUCUUGUCUUCCUUUUGACUGUUUAUUUGGUGCAAUGAUUUAUAUUAACUUGGGUUCAUGGGAGAAGGGUUAAAGUUAUAAUUGUUAAUAUAAAUUUUAAUGUUUUUAUAUCAAGCUGGCAGUUUUGCUGGAAUACAGUCCUAAUUUAGAUACUUCCUAAAUGCUUCAAUAAAGAUUCUUCAACUUGUUGUA